AUUUGUUUUUUUUUUUUAAUGUAUUUUCAAUGUAUUUUUCCUUAUGUGAUUGUGUGUGCAAGAAGGGGGAGGGGGCUGCAAGAGAUUUAUUUGCUGCAUACAUGAAGAAAAAACGUAUGUGAUUUUAAAUAUUGUUUUCAUUUCGGAUGUUGUUAUUAUUUCGUUCAUAUCUCUCGUUUUUCCUACAAUCAAAAAAAAAAAAAAAAAAAAAAAAAAAAAGAAAAUCAAAAACAAGAAAAGAAAAACCAAAUUUUUUUCGUGUAAUUUCUUUUGCACUCUCAUCAAAGUAUCAGUUGAGAAAUAUUCGUUUCUAUCGUGGAUUUACACACGCGCCGGUAUAUGUCGCAAAAUUUGCAGUCUUUCGUAUCGUUAGCAAAUUUACGAAUUCAAGCUGAUUUCCUCAAAACCGCCGCUCCCACCUAUCACAAAAACGAAAUCGUGUUUACGAGACGAUUGCGAAUUGCAAACAUUUACGAAUGUAAUGCAAAAACAUAGCAAGGUGGCGGUGCCGAAGCAUAAUUCACGUGAAGCUUGCCUAUCGGCCGCUACCGCUAUCCGGCAUCAAAACGCAAGAAUGUCUUUAAAACGGCAUGUCGGACCCCCACCAGUUGCUUCCUCGAAUACUGGAGUGUUAGGUCGGCCGAACAAUUCUUUAAUUUUGACAAAUAAAAUACCGACAGUUACGCCGGGCUAUGAUAACGAGAAGCAUUACGGUACAAGGAAUAGUAGCACCGUGAGCAUAAAUCAAUCAAAAUUUUUACGUCCUGAUAUGGUAGAUGUGCCGGCCCAACAAGCAGCAGGCUCUACAUUACCAUUAGUGUUAACUAGGAAAAAAGGUGGCGGAGACGAUACUGAAGAUGUUAACUACAAUCCAUUUGAGCAUCGCAAGAUUGAGCAUCCUACCUCUGAUGUGGAAACCUUCGUGCAUUUGCUUAAGGGCUCGCUGGGCUCCGGCAUAUUGGCCAUGCCUAUGGCCUUCUUAAAUGCCGGUCUAUGGUUCGGUUUGGUCGCCACAUUUUUAGUUGGUGCCGUUUGCACAUAUUGUGUACAUAUAUUGGUUAAAUGUGCUCAUAUCUUGUGUCGGCGUCGCAAAAUUCCAAUGAUGGGCUUUGCGGAUGUAGCCGAACAAGCAUUCCUCGAUGGCCCGACAAGUUUGCAGCGCUGGUCGCGUUUUAUACGUUUUAUUGUGAAUUGUUUUCUGGUCAUUGAUUUAAUCGGCUGCUGUUGCAUCUAUUUGGUGUUCGUCGGCACCAAUGUUAAGCAAGUAGUUGAUUUCUAUACGCAAGAGAGCGAGCUAAGCAUACGUUUAUGGAUUGUUAUUGUCACUUGUCCUCUGCUCUUCAUGUGCCUAAUAAGAAAUUUGAAGUUUUUGGCGCCAUUCUCAAUGGUUGCGAAUCUCUUGAUGUUCGUUGGCAUUAUAAUCACCUUUACAUAUAUAUUUACCGAUUUGCCAAGUACAGAGGGACGCGUCGGUAUUGCCGAUGUUACGCAAUGGCCAUUAUUCUUCGGAACAGUUAUAUUCGCCUUGGAAGGUAUUGGUGUAGUAAUGUCAUUGGAGAAUGACAUGAAAAAUCCAGCCCAUUUUAUUGGCUGCCCGUCGGUAUUAAAUUUGGGUAUGGGAGUUGUGGUCUCAUUAUAUACACUUGUCGGCUUUUUUGGCUAUUUAAAGUAUGGUGCUGAAACUAAGGGUAGCAUAACGCUAAACUUGCCAGUCGAAGAUAAAUUGGCUCAGUCGGUGAAAUUGAUGAUUGCCAUUGCCAUAUUCUUUACUUUCACGUUACAAUUUUAUGUACCUAUCAGUAUUAUUUGGAAAGGUAUUCAGCAUAAAAUUGCUCCCGAGAAACAAAAUAUGACUGAGUAUGGUAUCAGAAUAUUGCUGGUGUUAUUAUGCGGUGCCAUAGCAGUGGCCUUGCCAAAUUUAGGUCCAUUCAUAUCAUUAAUCGGUGCUGUAUGCCUAAGUACUUUGGGUAUGAUAGUGCCAUCAAUUAUUGAAUUGGCUGUCUAUUAUGAAGAUCCCGGUUACGGUCGUGGCAAAUGGCGUCUAUGGAAGAAUGCUUUCUUAAUAGCGUUUGGCUUUAUCGGUUUCUUUACUGGCACCUAUGUCAGUAUAUUAGAGUUUCACGACGAAUUCAACGGCAGUCAUUGAUUUAUAUUUAAUUUUAUAUCAUUAUUUAAUUUUCGCUUUAAUUUUAGCUUUAAAUAAAUUAUAUUUAGAUUAAAGCGUAAAACUAACUCACAUACACGUAACAGGGAUCAUGCAUAUAUAUAUGCAUGUAUAUAUAUAUAUAUAUACAUAUAUAUAUAUAUACAUGCAUAAUACAUUUAUAAAUAUUGAAUUGAGUCUUAAUUGAAAGCCACAUUGAAAAGCCAUCUUGUAGUUUUAACACAACACACAAUAUUUCUUUUAUUUUUUACUAAACGAAUUUUAAAGUAGACUUCUAAGUAGAAGAAAUUUUUCUAUAUUUAAAAAAUAUUAUGUUUAUUUAGUUUAGUAAAAUUUGAAACUAAAACAAAAGAAAACAAAAAGAAAACAAAACAAAAAAAAAAAAAUAAAUUUUUUCGAAAGUAGUUUCAAAAAAGUACAUGUAGCGCGUUUGUUUGAAAAUAUUUCGAUUCAUUUAAUGCACAGAUGAACAAUACAAGCAGUGCUGUAAAGCCAAAGACUAUUAAAUAUUAUGUUAAAAAGCUUAAGAAUCCUGAUAAUAAUGAAAGAGAAGUUUAUUCAAGUCAUCUGUUAAGUGUUUCGAGAUCGUUGAUCAAUAUGAAAUUCUUUAUGUGCUUAGCAUAUUAUAACAGAAAAUCAUAAAAUUUUACAAAACUUGAGGAAAAUUUAAAAAA